AUGUCACAAUCCUCGAGGAGUUCUCCGGCACCAGGGACGGCUAAGAUGCCGCGGCCCUUCGCAUUGACAUGCAUACCCCCAAUCAAGUUUAACAUCCAGGGAAAGCCGAUGCUCGAGCACAUGCAGACUAUGGUCAUGACUUGUUGGACAUUGCUCUCUAAAGCGCUGCGCGCAAACUUCGACGGUGUGACGUCUAUAGCGGUACCAGUGGCGCCAGAAUUGAGGACAUCGGAUGGUACAGUCAAGUAUAGGAGUGGAUCGCGCGUCACGGCAGGCAAGGAUGUUGGAGAUCGUGUUGAAAUUCGAUACGAAGACAUCGACAGCCAAGUAAAGACGACAAUUUCCGCCAACCUUUUCAUCGUUGCGGAUGGAUCUAACUUUUCGAUGCGAAACCUUCUAGGCCCAGAGGUAGAGCACAGUUACGCGGGUUAUAUCUGAUGGUGAGGAACUAUUUCUAAACGCUGCGUCUAAAACAUAAAAGUCAAUAAAAAGUACAGCAAGAAAGUAGCUUUCCAU